GUCGAGCCGCUGAACGCCGAGCAAUGCGCCCCAAACCUGCCAUACUUCGUCUCACGCAGCGCAAACAACGAGCUGCCGAUCUAUACAUUGAGGAAACGAGGAGGAAACUUGAAGAUGACGAGGAUCAAGAAGAUUGAUGGAGACAGGCAUAUUCUGAGGGACGAGCUGAAGUCAUUGCUGAAGAAUUCGGACUGCGUGGUGAAUAGCGUUACGGGGCAUAUCAUGAUCAAGGGACAUCAUAAGCCGCAGGUGGAGAAGUUCUUGAGGGAGAGGAUGUUCUAG